AUGGCACAACAACCUCCUCCGCUCUCUUCGCUCAACCAGGCCAUCGAGAAAGCUUUAGAAAGCGUGACUGAGUGCGAGAGAUCUCUUAACACCGGAGAAAACGACGGUCUGAUAAAUAAAAUGGAAUCUUUAGUCAAUCACUUCACUCUUUUACGGGAAGCCUCGAGUACCGAUGAGACGGAAAUUCCAAUCUCAGUUAUCAAACAGAUCGACGAAGGGAAACGGCCGAUGGCGAGAAUGGUGGAGAGAAUACUGAGCGUGGGGAAGACGAACGAGGUGACGAAAGGGAAGGCGAACGUGUUUGCGGAGUUUGAGAAGAGUUUAGAAAAGGAGUUAGGAGAGAAGAAAUAG